CAUGAAUGUUUACAGCUCUGACCUGCCAGGAUGAGCCGCUGCAGUCUUGUGAGGUUUCUGCUGCCGGCCGUGCUGAUGCUCGGCAGCGUACCUCCUCCUGUGAGCGGCUGCGACAGAAUAUGUGGGGCUCAGGCUCCUGGAGAUAUAAUCAUCGGAGUACUGCUAUCCUUCAAUCGUAAAGUGGCGGCACUUUAUGAGCGAACUGCACCUGAAAGCUUCAAGUGUUCAGACUUUGACAUGAUUUCUUUUUUGCACUCCCUGUCAAUCAUCCAUGAGAUCGAGAAGGUAAAUGCGGCGGGAUUCAUUCCAGGUCUGAAGCUUGGAUACAUGGUGUGUGACACCUGUUCAUAUGCCAGCAAAGCACUGGAGAAUGUGGAGCAUAUGUUGACAGUGAACAUGUCCAAGACGGAGAACUGCGGCCACAAAGAUUUCAGGCCAGCGGUCAAGGCUAUUUUAGGAGCCCGGUACUCCGAAGUCACCAUCGCAGUGGCACGACUGCUGAGCAUCUAUCAGCUCCCCCUCGUGAGUGCCUCAUCCUCAUCUCCAGAUCUGAGUGAUAAGACGCGCUUUACGUCCGCUCUCCGCACUGUUCCCAGUGAUGUCCACCAGACCAAGGCUGUGGCCAAGAUCAUGGACUACUAUCACUGGAACUGGGUGGGGGUGGUGUAUGGGGACGAUGACUAUGGCAAAGCAGCUUUCCAGAGCUUCCAAAAGAAUGCAGAAAAGAACAACGUGUGCCUGGCCUUCCAGGAGGUCGUGCCUCAUUAUCUCGGGCACCAGAACAGCAACCGUCGCAUCCAAGAGGUUGCCGAACAGAUCCGCGCUUCAGCGGCCCGGGUGGUCCUGCUCAUCCUGAAGGAGGAGCUGGUUGAGCUUCUUUUUAAAGAAAUGAUUCGCACCAAUACAUCGAGGGUUUGGAUUGCGAGCGACGCCUGGUCCAGAAACAGAGCAGUAGCCCACAUGGAAGACAUUAACUUGGUCGGGGACAUCCUGGGAUUCUCCUUCGUGGCUCACCAAAGCGACUCUCUUGAUGAAUACCUGCAGAACCUGACAGUAGCGCCGGGCGGCUACAAUAACUUCAUCGAACAAUAUAAAAACUUCAGGUUCAAUUGCUCCUCUGAAUGUUUCUCCAGCGCUCGACCAUCCUACUGUCCAACCAUUCUUCAGCAAGAGGAGUCCAGAUACGCUUGCAGCACUGAUGACCCCCAGGGCCAAAAUGAUGACUACCUAGUGAAGUACAUGGACUCCAGUAACGUCUUCUCUGAUAGGAUUGCAGUGUGGGCGAUCGCUCAUGCUAUCAGAAAUCUGCUUAAAUGCAACGCAUCUGGAUGCAGUGGAGAAAUUAACUUUCCGCCGUGGAAGCUCCUACAAGAACUUAAGAAAGUUGAGUUCCAGUUCGAAGGAGAGGACUGCUUUUUUGACGAAAAUGGGGAUUUCGUCAAUGGCUAUGAUCUGUUAAGGUGGGAAACGGAAGGGACCCAUCGGAAAUUUACCAGAACUGGACGAUACCACGUUCUGGAUGGGAAAAUUGAGAUGGUUAAGUCGGGCGUCACCUGGAUUACCACUGGUCAAAGUGCGACACCUCAAUCCAAAUGUUCAGAAAGCUGCCCGCAGGGUUCCUUCAAGAAGAUUCUAAAUGUAUCCUGCUGUUACAGCUGCACUUUAUGUCUCGAGGGGACCUACUCAGACGAGACUGACCUUGCCGACUGCAAGCCAUGCCCAAAUGGAACUUGGUCCUUGAAAGGUUGGAGUCAGUGUGAGCGAAGAAGAGAGUCUUUCCUACAGUGGCGCAAACCAUACCCCAUUGCAAUGGUGUCGGCUGCAGUUUUUGGCAUCUUGUUGUUGGUUUACACGCUUGCAGUGUUUUUAGUGCACAGAGAUUCCGCUCCAAUGAGAAAGGCCGAAGUGAGACUCUCCUGCGUCAUGAUGGCAGGUCUGGCAGUGAGCUUUGGAAGUGUCAUCUGCUUCAUGGGCAGACCCAGCUUAUACCUCUGCCAGGCCCGUCAGGUCAUGUACGCCAUGGGCUUCACCCUCUGUGUGUCGUGUAUCCUCAUAAAAGCCUAUCGUACCUUCCUAGCUUUCCUUCCAUUUGGGCGGCUCACAAGCAGAAGGCUAUAUAAGAUCUACAAACCUCCUAUUAUCAUCAGUGUAACAGUGGCUCUGCAGGCCAUCAUUUGCUUACUAUGGUUGAUCUUUGAUUCACCUGACAUCGACGAUACCCCACCAUCACCCCAAAGCAUGAAGAAAGUCAUCCAGUGUAAAGAAGGAAACACCUUUUUUGGGUUUGGAAUAAUGCUAAGUUAUAUUGCCCUACUAGCUUUAUUUGGGUUCCUUUUAGCUUUUAAGGGGAGAAAGGUCCCUCAGGAAUUCAGCGAGACAGGCUACAUCAUCUUCAGCAUGCUGAUGUACCUAUUCGUCUGGGUGUGUUUCAUCCCCAUCUACAUCACUAACAACGAAGAGCGCACUCCGGUUCAGGCUUCUGCCAUUCUGGUAUCCACUUACGGAAUCAUCUUCUGCCACUUCCUACCCAAGUGCUAUGAAGUAUUCUGGGGGUCACCCACCGACACAAUGACGAGGAUUCUUAGAAGAUGGCGAAACAACGGCGAUUCAUCGUCUUCUGAGAGAGCGACACACGCCGACUUGAAUGCAUCCACACAAAGCAUGGCGCCUAACACAGUGGUGACGAUUUCAGAGCAGUCGAGCAAUUCCAGCCUUGCUGACUCAGGGAUUAUGCCGUCCAUAUAUGACGAGAGGAAGGACAGUUUUCAAGGGUUUAGCAGGUCAGGAACACAGCUCACAAAGAGGCAGAGAAGUAGGUCUUUCUAGGGUUUUGUCACCAGUUUUUAAAAUUCCAAUGUGUUUUUAUAUGAAUGUAUAAAGUGUGUACAUAUUUAAGCAUUACUUAAAUAAACAUUUUCUGUUACAUCUUGUACAAUUUGAAAAAAAAUAAACUCUAUCACUGCAUUCACCUUUAUUUUGUUUGUUUAUUGUGAUUUUAAUGAGUGAAAUCGAUCGAGGUUGUGCGAUGAAUAGAUGUUGUAUUGAUGGUCUGUGUAGUAUCCAUUCGUUUUUGGAAAGUGGAAAGUCCAUUUAGAUCGUGUGUUUAUUAUUCUGCACCAAAAUAAAAGCCUUCAAUUUGAUUCCAGGUCAGGUCAUACUUGUAAAAAUAAAAUU